UGGAAUGGCAUGCGUACCUGUCAUAUGAUAUUAUGAUGUAAUCAGUAAUCUACACCCACCAGCCUUCUUAUUGCACCAUUCUUGAAAGUCUUGGUUUUGUUUUUCUCAUCAUAGAGAAGCCAGAUACGUAAGGAGAAAUCAAGAUGCAUCUAUGGCCAUCAAUGAGAUUAAGGGAGUCUUUCAAAGAGAGAUACUUGAAAAAUCUUGAAUGGAAUCUCCAUAGAAUGGAUAGUCAGAAGCAAUGUGGCAACAAGUCUGCCAAUGAUCAGAAGCUUUUGGAUGGUUCCAGUGAGGCAGGAAGCUGUUCUAGUAAUGGUGAGGGAGAAAAAUUGGUUGUGAUUUGUAGAGAAUUGCUCAUGAUUCUUUCUUGUUGCUACUGCUGUUUCUGCUGUGGAGCUAUCAAACACACCUGCUUCCAACUCCAGCUCUGUUCCAUGCUGCUAAAUUUCUUGCUCAUUGACACUUUAAUCUGGAAAAAGAUUUUGGUGGAAAAUGUUGUUUGUGCUAACUUGUCUAUGCUCAUAUCUGCUAGUGCACCUGGCCUUCCAAAUUUCCUACAUCACAAUGCUAGGAGUUAUGGUAAGCAAGAACCUGUGGACAACAAUUUUGGGAGAUGCAGUCCACCACUUCCCUAACAUUUACAGUACACUGUUGCCAGUGAUCUUGAGGCCCAAAGGACUAGAUAUUUGAUUACGAACUCUUUUUGCAAUGUCAUUAGCAAUCAGUUAACUAUACACUAGUGACUUUAAAGUUGCAAAAGUUGCGGUAGGAUCCUGUUUAACCCCUCUCAACAGCAAGUUACAGUAGAUGAACAACCAUGCACUAUCUACAAAGGCAUAGGUUUCACACUAUAUAAGCUCAUUUCUCAUUGAGCUCAAAGUAUAUAGAGCUAAAAUAGGAAGUUUCUCCAGGAAAACCAAAAUUCUUAAUACAGAAUGAGCAAGGAGUAUAUCUUUUAAACAUAGAUAAAAGGGAGACACUGCAAAUUGCCAAACUAGAAUGAGUAAUAUUCUAAGGAUGGACACUUUUAAGAAACAAAAGUCAUGACAAACUUAUAUAAGCUUUUGCUUGAACUUAUAGGGUAAACCUAAGCAGACAAGAAUAAUCCCAGUGUUUGUUUCCUUCUCUUGUGGAGCUCCAGCAAUGGUCAUGCUGUUAGAGUGACAGGGUUUGUAUUCGAAAUUUGAUAUAUUUUUGGUGGUUCUAUUCUAAUACUUUGACAUCGUUUGGACGUGAUUCUUUGUUGCGCUUUACAGUGGGGAACUUGCUGGUGGACUUGAGAUCAAAAGUGAUAUAGUGUGAGGGACAGGAGCCAAUUAAGGGUUUUGCAAUCAGAUUCUAGUCUUGUUUUGAUGAUACUGAUCAUUGAUGUUGUAAGGAAUCUGUUUAGGAGAAUGUAAAUAUGCAGGGAUGGACUCACAUUUUCCCAAGAGGAGUCACACGAAUCCGCUUGGUUGGAAAUUUUUACUCUAUAUUUAAUUAUUUAUUUAUAUUUUUAAAUAGAAAAAUUACAUACAUAUUUUUCUGAUGAAUCCGCUGGACAAAGCAUGGUCAUGCGGGUUUAUUGCUUCGCGAAGGUCAAGGGUUCGAAACGUGGUGGUAACUUUGCACCCACCUCAGUUAUAACUUUUAGUCUCUGUGAUUGCAUUGUGGAUGUGCAAACAGUAAUCGAUAUUCACCCCUAGCAAUUUUCCCUAGCUAGCCUUGUUAUUGUUUUUUCUUUUUAUUUUUAUUUUUAAAGAUCACAACAGCUAGCCUUGUUAGUUUUCUACAUCUUUCUAUUUUAUUUCAAACUUGUUUUCUUACUCAAUUCCAAUAAACUUAUUCUAAAGUCUUUUUCACUUCAAAAUUGGAUCUUUCAAUAAAGUGAAUUAUGUUUCUCUCUUUCAUUACAUUUGCUAAUAUAUGCAAGUGUAUUUGUUGAUAUUACUUA